CCUUCUUUCCCAAGAGAGAGAAAGAGAGUCAAACUUGAAAAAAAGAAAAGAGGGUAUGCGUGGAGAAGAAUGAUUGGUUCCAGGUAGUUCUUCUUCAAGUUCAUGGUAUGGAGUUGGGUUGGCUUAAUUGUCCUUUUUAUAUAUCUGAAUCAAUGGCGGGCUGACCCGCACUAUCAAAUGCUAAUCACGUGUCGCUAAGAGAGCUGACCCAGAAAGGAAAUACAGACAGAAGAAGAAGAAGAAGAAGGGGGGGGAUGGAGGAUUCGUCGCUGUGAGCCGCGUUUCACGCUUUCCUUAAUUUCUGCGAGUUCUGUCUCCCGAAAAAGCUUAAAAACAACUCCUUAUCGGCUCAGGCGAACUGGGUUUUUCACUUUUUUUUUAAACUGUUUCGGUGUUGCUUUCAUUGGAGUCGGUGGGUUAAUGAUAGACGCCGCUUCUUGAUCGGUGGAAUUGAUAAAACUAGGGUUUUAAUUGCUAAUCUUGUUUUGCUUCAAUUGUUAUUUGAUGGAAGCUUUAGAAUUCUCUAGUUCUGCUUCAUGCAUCCCUUCAUCAGGAGACCAAGAUUCGAGCUUGAAUCAUUCGGGUGUCCACAGACCAGACCUGAUUCCUAAACUUGAGGAUGGGUUGAAUAUUGGAGUUCUAGCUAACGGAGGUGAAGAGGGUUCUGGUCUGAUUCCGGUGACGGCGGAAGAACAAGCUUUUGAAGGUAGUAACGGGAAGAAGAAGCGCGGUCGUCCACCCAGCGGUCAGCCUAAAAUGCCGCAGAUCAGGAAGGUAAAAGAUGAAGAGGAUGUAUGUUUCAUAUGCUUUGAUGGAGGGAACCUAGUGUUAUGUGAUCGCAGGGCAUGUCCAAAAGCUUAUCAUCCAACUUGCAUUAAGCGCAAUGAGUCGUUCUUUAGAGCGAAAUCUAAAUGGAACUGCGGAUGGCACACAUGUAGUUCCUGUCAAAAGAAGGCUUCCCACUAUAUGUGUCUCACUUGCACGUAUUCGUUAUGCAAGACAUGCUCUAAAGGCGCUGAUUAUGUGUGUAUACGAGAAAACAAAGGUUUCUGCUCCUUGUGCAUGAAAACAAUAAUGCUCAUAGAAAACAAGGACCAAAGAGAAAUGGUUCAGGUAGAUUUUGAUGACAAGACUAGCUGGGAGUAUUUGUUUAAAAUGUACUGGCUUUACACUAAGGAUAAACUAUCUUUAACUCUGGACGAGUUAACAAAAGCUAAAACUCCUCGAAAAGCAGCCGGUAAUACUGCUUUUAAAGGGAAAGAUUUGGUUACUGUCAGUGGAAAUAAAAAUUGCAGACGUCCUACUUUGGAUGCCCACUACAAAUGCAAUGACCUGGAUGUAAAUAGUACGGUGAUCAACCAACAAAUAAAGAUAUCUCACAACAUCGAUUCUCCUGCCAUAAAUACGCCAAGUACUGACGGUGGUGCACUUGUUACGGGAUCUGCAAAAUGGGCUUCUAAAGAACUCUUAGCAUUUGUUGCACAUAUAAAGAAUGGCGAAACAUCUGUGCUUUCUCUACAUGAUGUACAAAUUCUUCUACAAGGCUAUGUGCAGAGGAACAACCUCCAUGAUCCGAUCCACAAAAGUCAGAUCAUUUGUGACACGAGACUUGUUAAGCUCUUUGGAAAACCACGUGUGGGACACUUUGAAAUGCUAAAACUUCUUGAGUUCCACUUUCCUUUGAAGGAUGAAUCCCUAGAAUCUGUUUCUCUUUUUAACAUGUACCCCACAGCUGUCAGCGAGCCAGAGAGAAAUGGUAAUAGUGACUACUAUUUUUUGACGAGUGGAGACAAGAAACGUAAGAAUUGUCUGAGGGGUGAAGGAGGGUCAUCAACAGACCUAAGUGAGUAUGCUGCAAUUGAUGUGCACAACAUUAGCUUGAUUUACUUGCGGCGUCGUUUACUGGAAAAUCUGGUUCAUGACAUUGAUAAGUUUCAUGAGAAAGUGGUGGGCUCAAUUGUGCGAACAAGAUUUUUCAACGGUGAUCAGAAACAAGAUAUGUAUGAAUUAGUCCAAGUCAUAGGAACUUGUAAGAUUUCUGUGCCAUAUAAACUUGGCGAGAAAACGGUUGAUGUGGUGCUUGAGGUAUUAAAUAUGGACAAGAAGGAGACUGUCUCAAUUGAUGCCAUUUCAAAUGAGGAAUUCUCUGCGGAGGAAUGCGGACGUUUACGUGAAAGUAUAAAAUGUGGGCUUGUCAAGCACUUGACUGUAGGUCUGAUACAGGAAAAAGCAAAAGCACUUCGAGAAGUUAUAGUGAAAUAUUGGCUGGAAAUAGAAGUACUACGGCUGAAUCAUCUUCGGGAUAGCGCGAAUGAGAAUGGCCAAGAAAAUAAGCUUAGAGAUUAUGUAGAGAAAUUAGAGGUUUUGCAGUCACCUGAGGAAAGGAAGCGCAUACUACAAGAGGUGCCAGAAGUGCAUGUUGAUUCAAAUCUGAAUCCGCACAAUAAUUCUGCUGAAGAUGCUGGGGAACUCACUGAAAAUAAAAAAGCUAAACAUCUCAAAACACAAGACCCAGUAUUCAACAUGAAUGGAAGAGUAGCAAUUCCAUCAAGGAAGGCUGAUGGUGGGAUACAUGAUGCCUGCAACAAGACAUUUGAAGAUAAUAUUAGUGAGAACAAUGGCAAAUCUACUGCAGAUGACUUCAACAAAGUCACUCCUACAAGUGUCUCAUCACAGGGAUUGGAUAAAUGCUCCCAGGAUGGUGAAAAUGAUGUUUGUGGAUCAUCUAUCUCUGAAAGAGCAGUUAAGGUUGAUUCUUACUGUUCUGCUGUUGGUGGUUGUAAUAGUCCAGCUGUGAUUAGUUCAGGAUCUUUUUCUGGGGUUGUGUCAGAAAAUUCGGUUGCUGGAAGCUCACCUCUCUCACAUACCAGUGAAACUGAGAAUAUCUGGCGUUACCGGGAUACUAUCGGAGAAGUUCAAGGACCGUUCUGCCUGACGCUGCUGCGUAAGUGGAUCACAACUGGAUUAUUGCCUUCCGAUAUGAGGGUGUGGAGUAUAUACAACGAGGAAGUUGACUCUUUACUUUUAUCCGAUGUGCUAAAAGGACAAUUGUCACAGAAAUUGUCAUCCCGACAAUCCAGUCUCUCUUUACCAUCUCCAGAAAUUCAAGGCGGUAGUAUCUCUGAGAACGGAUCAACUAGCACUUUGACAUCCACUGGGUUGCAUAGUUGUAAGCAGAGUACCAUUUCCCAGAAUUUUUCCAAUACCAAUAAGUUGGUUCAUGGUGAUGAAAUCUUCUCCCGUUCCUCCAAUUUGGCAACUUCCUCUUUUAAAUGUGUUGAUAUAAACAAGACAAAUUCACCUGGCUGGGACUCACUCAAGGUUAAUGAUAAUUAUUCUCAGCAGCCUCAAGUACUUUGUUCAGAUUCUACACCACCGAUGCCUGAAAGUCUCAAGUCUGGUCCUGACUAUAGAAGUUGGAAUUCAUCUACAAAUCAGACCACUCCUGAAACAAGCUAUGGGAACCAAUCUAGUAAUCUGGGUCUUCCUUCUGAGCAAUGCGGUGUACCCCCAGUUUUAUCUGAUAAAUGGGACCUUAACUCUUCUCUUGGUUCUGAAGCCAAGUCCAGUCCGGUAUCACCAAUGGAUAAUUGUAAAAAUGACAUCCCAUUAAAGCCUUGUCCAAUCCUAAACGACAAUGUUCAGGGUUUAGAAGGUAAGACCGCCAGAGAAGGGCAAUCCGAGGCAUUGAACUUUCUUGUUGACGAGCUGAGAAUCCAAAAUCAGUCCAGUAAGGACGAGGAAGUCCAGGGUUUUCAGAAUAAACAUUCUUUGUCUUCAAGUUGGAGCUGCAAUUCCAAUUUAGUUGUUGGUGGUGCGACAUUUACAUGCCCAGAACCACCCAUGGAUCAUGCUUCUGCUGCUACCUUGACUUGUAACAAUAACCAAUUAGUCAGUGAUUCGAUGAUGCCUGUUAUUGAAUCUGAUCCAUCAAAUUGGCUGGAAAUGUUUACAGAGCCCAUAGAAUCAGUGUCAGACCUGUUGGAUCAGGUGGAAGCUAUGCAGUCUCAAGGUGGCCUGUCUUUGCCUGAAUCAGACAUGAAUUGUGUGGACUACUUGUUUGAGGAUUCAGAAAACGAUUAUUUUUGUCCUAUUGGAGCCGGUUUGAGACCUGCACCCGAUUCUGGGAUUCAUUUCGAACCUAUUCGGGCUGGCGGUCAGUCGUCAAGUUCUGUAGUGGAAAUGAAGUUUAAUAAUAAUAUGCCAGUUAAGUGGCAAAAUGAAGCUUCUGGUAGUAAUUGCCAAACUCGGGAAUCUUCAAUGAUUACUCCGACAACUACUAGUAACAUAAAUUGGGGGCCCAAUGAACAGCAGCAGGGAUAUAUGAAUCCUCAUAACCCCAUGGGUGGUGGUGGUGGUUGGGGAUGGAUGUCCCAUGCAAAUGGAAAUGGAAAUGGUAACAUGAACAUGAUGGUGCGGGAGGAGAUCCCAUCAUCAUCCAUCAUGAAUAAUUCUAGAUCUUCUAGACCACAUGACGGCUUUGGGAGUAAAAAUUACUUCAGAUCUCCUACUACAACAGAAGGGCAAAGAGUCUGUAGAUUUUACGAGAAUGGGCAAUGUAAGAAGGGAGCUUUCUGUGAAUACCUUCAUCCAUGAGAAGAUGUUAAAGAGGCCAACCAACCAGCAUAACGUAAUUUUACCCUCCCCUGUCUCUUCCUGUCUUCUGCAACCCCAGUAGAUGUGUAUAAUAGAAGAAGAAGAAGAAGAGCAAAUCACCAGCUUUAGUAUCUAGUAACCCAAUGCCCCCUCUUCAUUUUUCUCCAAUAUACUAUUUUUGUAUUAGUUUCUUGGAUAAUCCAACAUCUCGACAUGGAAUUUACAGUUCCGCCUAAAGAAUUUUUUGAUUACA